AUGCAAAGUGGUACUGGUGAGCCGUUCUUUAGAAGUAAUUUCCCACAGUGUAGAAUUAGCGAAAUGAAUAAUUUGGUGGAAAUGGCUAAUGAGCACGGGAACCGAGGGAGCAGAAGAGGAAUGAGCAGAUGUGUCUCCUCUUUGUUUCGCAUUUUGAAUAUCGUGUUCAUGGGAUUGUUCUUUUUGGCGCUGGAGAGUACCAUUUUCACGAGGCAGGGAGAGCGCCAUAGACACGGAACAGAAUGGAGAGAGCGAAAGGGAAGACGAUUAGCUUGCGCAAAUUCUUCUACAGCAACCCCUGGAAUGGGGACAAGCCCCGUCAUGGCAGGAGAAAAUGGAAAUUUGUUCGACCCUGCACUACCAGCACAGAACAAUCUGAACGAUAAUUCAAGGCAGGACAUGUACCGUUUGCUUAUGCUCAUGUGUAAAUAUAACAAAUGCUUUAUUAGAAACCAGAGGAGGGAAGGAGGAAGUGGUGACUUUACGGACGAAGGUUGUAGUAGUGUUGGCCUUUCGCCCAACUGUUGGGAGGACGGCACCGCGACAGCAUCAUCAUCAGAUGAAGAAGAAGGAGAAGAAGACGAAACGUUGGAGGAGGCGCAAGACGAAAUUGAACCCAGACGAAAUAGAUUCAUCCGAGAGGCCUACUAUGAAUACAUGAAUCAGGCACAGGAAUUAUCAGAAAGAGAAUUCUGGGACAAAAUUUCUAACCUAGGUGAUUAUGUGGAUCCUGAAGAAAUGAGUUCCAUUUUUUAUUAUGUGCACACGAAUGAAAGGAAAAAAUAUUUGAACAUGCAAGAAAAUGUGAUUACCCAUUGGGAGAACAUGUGUUACAAUUAUAACGUAGAUGAGGAUUUUAAGAAGGAACAAAUGAAGAAUUUAUAUGAAAAGACCACGAAUUUUUUUUUGUUUAAAGAGAAGCAUUUUCUAAAAAGCUUUAGUGCGUUUGUUCGUUAUGGUAGGUGCAGGACGAAGAAGUUCACUGAUGGGUUGAUUAGUUACAAGCAUUUGUGGAAGGAAUACAGGAGGAUGGUGAAUAAUUUUUGUAGUGCAAAAAUGGACGAGGUGUUGAGGGCAUACUGGAAGAAGAACCAGAGCAAGGCCUGCGAGAUGUGCAUACAGUACUGA